AUGAAGUCAGAGCAUAGGUUCCGAAAAAAUCUCCGUCAGCCCCUACCUGGCUCUGAGCCGCCAAGACAGAUAUCGAAUGUGGCGAUAAGCAGGAAGAAAUGGGAGUUCUGCAAAACAACAGAUGCGAUAGUGAUCUCUAAAGAAAGGUCAGACGUUGCACUCACUGUUUUGCUGACCGAAUUAAGGAAGAGCCGAUUGGAUCUCGAGCGUAACAACUUCUCCACUAAAGGCGUUGCUGGAGUUUUUGGUGACAAUGAAGUUGCCAAAACACGAUUCAGAAGGGACGUCUCCUUUAUCGGAAAUUCAUUCUUUGGAUGGCAUAACACGUUAGUCACUCGCUACGAUUUAGUUCAAUGCUUCACAUCGCUGAAGGAAACCAGGUGUGCUGCGGAACAAAUGCAUGUUGUACCUGCUGUUAACGCGAACGACAAGAUUUCGAUUUACGAAUUAGCGAACUUUAUGUUAGGGCUCCUCUCCAUCACACUACUAAUUUGUUGCCUCGGAUGUUGCCUGUGUACAAGUCCUGAGGAAGGCGAUGGCGAUUCCAACGAUCCCUCGAGUUCACGAGAUGGUUGUGCGACUUCCAAUGGAACCGUAUAUCCGGGAAAAACUCAUCGAUGUGGUCAAAGCAACGGAUCACCGUGCUCUCCAACUUACCCCUAUCUAAACCCUGACUCAGAAGAUCCCAACUAUUACCUUCCAGGAUAUCCUCCACCUUAUCCACCUGCCUAUCCUCAAAGCUAUCCUUCACCACCUCCACAAUCACCUCCUCAAUAUUGUUCUUCUUCACAAACCCGUCAAAUACCCACAGAUUUACCAAGACUACAUGUACCACCUUAA